AUCAAGUGGAGAGUAGUUAAUGAGGACAAGACAACGUUGUCAAUGGCAAGUCUUGGAAAUUGAUGGGAUAGUCGAAGUUAAGAGUAGUAAAGUUUGAGUUUUUAUUUUUGGUUUCAGUGAUGAGUAAGGGUAAAGAGGGGAGGGUAUUUUAGUAAAUGCACAAACCCCCAAACCAAAACAACGUUGGCUUCUCCUUCCUUGUUUUCCCAGAAGAGAAGAGAAGAAUGAAUUGAUUCUUGGCUGGUCAGUAUUAUAUGAUGAUUACAAUCAGAUAAUAUCAUAUCACUCUGUAUGAGUAUCAGUAUGACGUUCCCAACAUUUGGCAUAUUCUUCUGCUCCUAAGGAUACUAAGCUUCAUAGAAGAUGGAAGGGAGGCGGUUGAGAAGGGCAAGAAGAGGACGUAAUCACACUCAACUGUUGCCACUUUCAUCUUCCUCUACUUCUUCUUCUGGUUGUUGUUGGUACUUGGACUACAAGAUCUUGUUUCUCAACCAACCUCUUUUCCGUUUUGGAAGAACACACGCUGCUCUUCUAACACCGUGGUUCUCCAUUGGGGUCGGCUUCACCUUAACCACUCUCCUUGCUGUUUCACUGAUUCUCCUCUGGGAUUUAGCCAGAACUCUGCAUAUUUUCCCGGAAAGCUGGUUGGGCGAUCUUUCGAGUGCCUCUUUGUUUGGUUUUUGGCCUUUCUCAUCUUCACCUUCCGCUGUUGAUGCUAUCUACGUACUACUUUCUACUAUCAUCUCUGUAUCGUUCCAUGAAUUUGGCCAUGCUCUUGCGGCUGCAAGUGAAGGCGUUGAGAUGGAGUACAUUGCCAUCUUCAUAGCGUUCGUGUUUCCUGGUGCUUUGGUGGCUUUCAACCACAACUUGCUCCAAUCAUUGACACAUUUUGCUUCUCUCCGUAUAUAUUGUGCUGGCAUUUGGCACAAUGCAGUUUGCUGUUCACUUUGUGGAUUGACAUUAUUCCUCCUGCCUUGGAUUUUAUUUCCCUUUUACCAACAUACUGGAAUCCCUAUGGUUUUGGCUGUACCUUCUUCUUCACCUCUCUCUGGCUACUUAUCCCCUGGUGAUCUUAUUGUCUCAAUGGAUGGUGCCACCAUCAAAAGUCCCCACCAAUGGAUAAAGAUGGCUGAUUUCAUAAAUAAAUUGGCGAUUCGUAAUAUGAAUCAUUCUAGAUAUGCCAAAGGCAUUGGGAUAGUCAAUAGUGGAAAGGGGUACUGUGUUCCUCAUUCUCUAUUAGAAGAGAGCAUCAAGAUGCAACUAGAAGAUCAUUCUGGUUGUCCUGAUGAUCUGGCUGCAUUUGCAACUAUUCCCUGUUUCGAUAAAACCAUAUUCGAUGACCAAAUUCACUGCCUGAAUGCUAAGCAAGUUGUGAAGCAUGGUAAAUGUGGUGACGGUUGGGUGACAGCCAAAGCAGAUCCUAACAGUUGCAUAUGUUCACAGGAUAGGACUUGCUCAAGUCCAAUUCAAAGACCAGGCAUGAUAUGGGUUGAAGUUUCAUAUUUAAGGCCUUAUUCUGAGGAAUGCUUGCAACAUCAGAGUAAAGUAGUUGUGGAUUCAAGGGGUUCCGACAUUGUAGAAUCUAAUUGUGGUGGGACUAUUGUUUUUGUUGGUGAUGUGAUCUCUAUGGCAAGCUCGGUUCAACUAACAGCGUAUCAACCUCGUUGGCCAUAUUUUGGUGCCUAUCUUCCUAACAUCCUAGAAAAGAUCUUUGUAUGCACUUUCCAUGUCUCUAUAACACUUGCUCUUCUCAACAGUCUGCCGGUGUAUUUUCUGGAUGGAGAAUCUGUUUUAGAAGGGACACUCUGCCAUUUCACAUCGCUGGGUUCAAACAAGCGGGGAAAAAUUCUUCGAUUGUGUUUGUUGGGUGGGACACUCAUCUCCUUGCUUACCCUUUUCAGGAUUUUCUUUAAAUUUUUGUAGUCUAAAGGUAAAUUUGUUCUUCCUUAUUCAUAACAUAUACAAGUUUAAUUGACUUUACAUCUCAUUUAGAUUGAAUUUUGAAUUGCCUAAAAGCUAACCGGUAUAAAUUUGUGAGUUUACAUGUUCAAAUUGGUGUAAACUGUACGGGAUUCGAAAAUAAAAAUUCAGUUGCAAUAAUUGUAU